AUGUCAGUGGAUGAUGACUCGACAUGUUGCUGCACCUGCCGGCCUGGGUCGGGUGUUCACUGCACGUUUGAUAUGUUCUCCCUGUUCAGCGUGAUCUUCCUGAUAAUAGGCUUGACCCUGAUCACCAUCGGAUACGCUAUUCCUCGGGACUACAAGUUCGAUCCACACAAACCAGCUCGAGUCAUGGAAGCCAUUGAGGUUGAGUACGCGCGCAAACGCUUCGCGCUCAAUAUAUGUAUUAUGGUCGGUACGGGCUUCGUUACUUUGAGCGGUUUGAUCAUCUCGUUUAUUGUCACGUGGGAACUCUGUUCAAAUGAAAAUGAAGAUAAUCGCGAAAUAGAUCCGGAACAACACGAAAAGCCUCCGAGUUAUGGCUCGAUCUGUGGUGAUCGUGAAAAUUCGGCGGGCGAAGUGGCAGCAUCUACAUCGGAAGGAGCCGGGAUGACGAGGAAUUCCCGUGCCGGAAGUUGA